AUGGCGACCACCAGCUCUAUGUUCAUGUAUAGCUUGACUAUACAGCCGCCAUCAGCCAUAACGUCAGCGGUGUUGGGCCAAUUUGCCGGUACAAAAGAGCAACAGAUCAUCACAGCAUCUGGCUCGAAGCUCACCAUCCACAGACCCGACCCUUCUCAGGGUAAAAUCUCGCCGCUGUUUACCCAAGACUGCUUCGGUAUCAUCAGGAGCUUGGCUGCAUUCCGGCUCGCUGGCAGUAGCAAAGACUACCUGAUUGUGGGCUCCGAUUCAGGCCGCAUUACCAUCCUCGAGUAUGUCAAAGAAAACAACCGCUUCAACCGUGUGCACCUUGAGACCUUUGGCAAGUCCGGUAUUCGAAGAGUCAUCCCGGGUCAGUAUCUCGCAGUCGACCCAAAAGGAAGGGCAUGCAUUAUCGCCUCGGUGGAAAAGAACAAAUUGGUCUAUGUUUUGAACAGAAAUGCCCAAGCAGAACUGACCAUCUCAUCACCACUCGAGGCGCAUAAACCGCAGACAUUGGUCUUCGACUGCAUUGCCCUGGAUGUCGGAUACGAAAAUCCUAUCUUUGCGGCUCUCGAAGUUGACUAUACCGAAGUAGACCAAGACCCGACUGGCCAAGCUCUGGAAGAGGUGGAAAAGUUACUGGUCUACUACGAGCUUGAUCUAGGCCUAAAUCAUGUCGUCCGUAAAUGGGCGGAGCCUGUUGCUCGGGAUGCUACGAAGCUAUUUCAGAUACCUGGUGGCUCGGACGGCCCCAGCGGCGUCCUCGUUUGUGCAGAGGACAAUAUCACAUAUCGCCAUUCUAAUCAAGAAAUCUUCCGCGUUCCCAUCCCCCGGAGGCGGGGUGCCCUUGAAAACCCCGAGCGCAAACGACACAUCAUUGCCGGCGUUAUGCACAAGAUGAAGGCUCAGUUUUUCUUGCUCCUGCAAACGGAAGACGGCGAUUUGUUCAAGGUCACCCUCGAUAUGGCGGAGGACGACAAUGGCCAGCCCACUGGCGAAGUCAAGGCUCUGAAAAUCAAAUACUUCGACACUGUCCCUGUCGCAAACAGUCUCCACAUUCUUAAAAGUGGCUUCUUGUUUGUGGCUAGUGAAAGCGGAAACCACCAUUUUUACCAAUUUGAAAAGCUUGGAGAUGAUGACGAGGAGACAGAGUUCUCCAGCGAUAACUUCCCGGCCGAACCAACGGAGCCUUAUACACCGGCAUAUUUCCAUAUCCGGCCACUUUCCAACCUCAAUCUUGUUCAGAGCAUCGACGCAGCAAACCCGUUACUGGAUUGUAAAGUCGCAAAUCUCCUCGAUGAAGACGCACCACAAAUAUAUUCAAUAUGCGGCGCAGGGGCUCGAAGCAGCUUCAAAACGCUAAAGCAUGGCUUGUCGGUAGCGGAGAUCGUGGAAUCCGAAUUGCCAGACAAACCCGAAGCUGUCUGGACUACAAAGUUGACGAGAGAGGACGAAUAUGACGCCUAUAUUAUCCUGUCUUUCAAGACCGGCACGCUGGUGCUAAGCAUCGGAGAAACGGUAGAGGAAGUCACAGACACUGGUUUCCUGUCGACCGCCCCUACUCUUGCCGUCCAGCAACUGGGCGAGGACGCUCUGAUUCAGGUCCAUCCCAAAGGCAUUCGGCACAUCCGGGCAGAUAAGCGAGUCAAUGAAUGGCCCGCCCCACAACAUCGUUCGAUAGUGGCUGCUACAACAAACGCACGCCAGGUUGCAGUAGCGUUGAGUUCUGGCGAGAUUGUCUAUUUCGAAAUGGACACAGACGGGUCCCUAGCAGAAUACGACGAGCGGAGAGAGAUGACCGGAACAGUCACCUGUUUGAGUUUGGGUGAUGUUCCUGAAGGUCGUGUUCGCAGUUCCUUUCUAGCUGUCGGCUGCGACGACUCCACUGUCCGCAUUUUGAGUCUUGAUCCCGAUUCAACGUUGGAGAAUAAGUCUGUUCAAGCACUUACUUCUGCGCCAUCUGCCUUGUCGAUAAUGGCCAUGGCCGACUCUACCUCUGGAGGAACCACACUAUACCUUCACAUCGGGCUCUAUUCCGGCGUCUACCUCCGGACGGUUCUGGAUGAAAUUACCGGCGAGCUUUCGGAUACCAGAACUCGUUUCCUUGGACUGAGACCAGCAAAGCUAUUCCGAGUCUCCGUCAAAGGUCAGAAUGCUGUCAUGGCACUGAGUUCUCGUCCUUGGCUGGGUUACACUGAUACUCAAACCAACGGGUUUAUGUUGACACCUCUCGAUUACGUUGGCCUCCAAUAUGUGUGGAAUUUUACUAGUGAGCAGUGUCCCGAAGGAAUGGUUGGCAUCCAAGGACAAAACUUGAGGAUUUUCACCAUUGAAGACCUCUCGCGCAAUCUACUGCAGGAGAACAUUCCACUUUCGUACACCCCUCGAAAAUUCGUCAAGCACCCGGAGCAUCCGCUGUUUUACGUCAUUGAGGCCGAUAACAAUGUCCUUGCACCAGCAACGCGAGCAAAACUUCUCAACGAUACAACCGCCGUCAAUGGCGACGCUGUUGUCCUCCCUCCUGAGGAGUUUGGAUAUCCUCGUGGAACCGGCCAUUGGGCAUCUUGUAUACAAGUUGUCGAUCCCGUUACUACCAAGUCAGUUGUCUUCACACUAACACUGGAGGAUAACGAAAGUGCCACGAGUGUUACCGCGGCGUCGUUUGCAAGCCAGGACGACGAAACCUUCCUGAUAGUCGGUACGGCCAAGGACUUGGUGGUCAGCCCUCGUUCUUUCUCUGCUGGGUUUCUACAUGUUUAUCGCCUCCAUGAGGAUGGCAAAGAGCUCGAGUUCAUCCACAAGACAAAGGUGGAGCAACCUCCGACGGCGCUACUGGCUUUCCAAGGACGCCUGCUGGCGGGCAUUGGGCCUGAUUUGAGGAUCUACGAUCUAGGGAUGAAGCAGAUGCUCCGGAAAUGUCAAGUCACCACUCCCAAUCUCAUUGUUGGUCUCCAGACGCAAGGGAGCCGGAUCAUUGUCAAUGACAUCCAAGAGAGCGUCACUUACUGCGUCUACAAAUAUCAAGAGAACAAGCUGAUUCCGUUUGCGGAUGACGUUAUUGCUCGCUGGACAACAUGCUCCACUAUGGUCGAUUACGAGACCGUUGCGGGCGGCGAUAAAUUUGGCAAUCUCUGGCUGUUGCGAUGCCCUCAAAAAGCUUCGGAGGAGGCAGACGAGGAUAGCUCGGGUGUGCAUCUUCUCCACGAAAAACACUACCUCAACGGCACGCCGAAUCGACUCUGUCUGAUGAUACAUUAUUUCCCGGGUGAUAUCCCGACCAGUAUCCAGAAGACAAGUCUGGUCGCCGGAGGCCGCGACGUCGUAUUUUGGACAGGCUUUCAAGGGACACUGGGCAUUCUUGUGCCUUUCGUCGGCCGUGAGGAUGUUGACUUUUUCCAGUCACUGGAGAUGCAGCUCGCUUCAACCACCGGAAAUCCACCGCUUCUCGGACGGGAUCAUCUCAUGUACCGCUCAUACUAUGCGCCCUCCAAAGGCGUGAUUGAUGGCGACCUCUGUGAAACGUUUUUCCUUCUCCCUAACGACAAGAAGUUGACGAUUGCCGGCGAGCUUGAUCGCUCGGUCCGGGAGAUCGAACGCAAAAUCUCGGAUAUGAGGACGAGAGUGGCUUAUUAA